UUGUGUCAGAAAGCAAAACCAAAAAAUUCACGAAAUGGAUCCCUUGAACAUUAAACAGAACUGGUAUCACUUGCCCACCGUUCGGCAAUUGCAUGCGAUUUGCAACUGCUACAAUCUGAAACGUAGCGGAGAUGCAACACGCGAUCAAUUACUUGUUUUGCUGGACGAAAGCAAUAUUCAUUUGAAAUUUACUUCGUACGACGGGCCUAAAGAAGAAUGGAAAGGUGCGCUCAUACAUUGGUAUCAAGAUCCGGAAGUAUCAACCGAUUCCGACAGUUCCGACGAUUGUGACUAUUCCGAAUCCAAUGAAACCAAUGCGGCACCAGCACAACAAUGCGACACAAAGGUAGAUGCAUCACUGGCCACGUACGAAUGUCGCGCUUCUUCCGAUUUUAAUGUGCAAUUUGAGGAAGAAGUGGAGGCUGUGGAACAUUGAUGGUCGUUUCGUUUGGAAG